CCUUUUCUCCGAACGUCCGUCGCCGGUUCGCGUCGACACGACACUUUCCUACAGUUUCUCGUGGUUUCUCGGUGCACGCGGGUGAGGCGAGUGAGUGGUCAAGUGUAUUCAGUGUGCCCUCAAGAACCGAAUUUCAAUUUUAAUUCGUCAUUAAUAGACGAGGAAUUGUGGUAAUUAAUACAGUGCGGCAGGCCACCCCACGGCUCAUUUACCACCGGAUUGAGUAUUUCGAAUCCCACAAACAGAUAUUUGGGACUCUGUAGAUUUACCAGUGUACUACGUACAAGUUCGGGUCAAUCAGAUCGUUACAUCCAUGGCCUCCAUGGGACCUUCGUCAAAACCGAAAGAAUUACUGGCUGUUCCACUGGCGAAUCAAGUAAGGUUGGUACCAAAAAUUGUAAAUGGCGGUAUCGCAGGUAUUAUCGGUGUGUCCGUGGUGUUUCCACUGGAUUUGGUCAAGACACGAUUACAGAAUCAAGUGGCUGGACCCAAUGGCGAGAAAAUGUACAAAUCGAUGUUUGACUGCUUCAAGAAAACAUACAGAGCUGAAGGUUAUUUUGGUAUGUACAAAGGAUCGGGAGUCAACAUUCUCUUGAUCACACCAGAGAAAGCUAUUAAAUUGACAGUAAACGAUGUAUUUAGGCAUCAACUGUCUCCCGGCCCUGGGUUGCCUUUACCGUUGGAGCGAGAAAUGCUGGCUGGAGGAGGUGCUGGAGCUUGUCAAAUAAUAGUUACAACCCCCAUGGAAUUACUGAAAAUUCAAAUGCAAGACGCAGGCAGAGUUGCUGCUGCGGCUAAGGCUAGUGGACAGGAAGCACCAAAAAUAUCGGCAUGGUCGUUGAGUAAAGACCUGUUUAAGCAGAGGGGUAUUCUUGGUCUAUACCAAGGCACAGGGGCAACGGCCCUGAGAGAUGUUACCUUUUCUGUUAUAUAUUUUCCUCUUUUCGCUCGUUUGAAUAAUCUAGGACCUAAACGCGAAGAUGGCUCUUCUGUAUUCUGGUGCUCAUUCCUUUCGGGUUGCGUGGCAGGUUCAGUUGCUGCACUUUCGGUAAAUCCAUUUGACGUCGUAAAGACACGACUACAAGCCAUUAAGAAAGCGCCUGGCGAUCCAACGUACAAUGGUGUUUUGGACUGUAUAAAAAAAACAUUGAUGCAGGAAGGUCCAACAGCAUUUUUUAAAGGAGGUGCUUGCAGGAUGAUAGUAAUAGCACCGCUAUUUGGUAUUGCACAAACUGUGUACUACCUUGGUGUAGCCGAAUAUCUGAUGGGCUUGAAGUAAAAUGUUAAUUAUCUGUGAUUUGUUCACAUACAUGUUGUUACGCCGACAAUAAGUCCUUACAUAUUUUAGGACUAGAAGUAUUUGUAUAGUAAUGAUAUAGCACAAAUGGCCAUUGAUAAUGCAAUGGAUUUAAGAUGAAGCACUCAACUCGUAAAACUUCGUGAAAAGCUGCGAGUAUAUCUACCUAUCCACAAUGAAAUAUUAUUUAUCAAAGUCAGUGUGAAAAAUAUACCCUUUUGGUCUUUUGUGCUAUUCUGAAGUAAAUUAUUUUUCUAAAAAUUUGAAUUGAAAAUAGGUCUGUCAUUGAUUACGAUCAAGUUAUUUAUAACUAGUACCAUUUUUUCAUUUUAGCAUUUACAAUUAGGUAGUUUCCAAAUUGCAUUGCUCUUACAUAAUGCGUAUUGAAUUAGUGUAUAUUCCAUGGUUAUAUAUUUUUGCUUACAAUUUAUACUUUGUAAAUUUAACGCAUCAGCAGAUACAGAUCUAUGUUUUUUCUUGUAUUGAAUUCUCCGUUAUGUUUUAGGAGCUUUUCAUAUUUGAAGGGCAACGAAAAGUUGGCGGUCCUUUUAUGGCAUGGUUGAACAUGCACAAUCUCACUGUAAUGGUAUGUUCGAUAAUGCCAAGACUCAGUAUUUGCUUGUUAUAGAUAAAUAGUUUGUUAUUUAGAAGGAUUUCGAUAUAUUUAUUUUUUUCUUCUAUUCGUUAAUUAUUUUUAUUUACAAAUUAUAUAAAUUUGAAAUAGGUAUUUUGUUAGGCGCAUAUUGUAUAAUUUUCUCUCUGUGACAUUAUCUACUAUGUAGGUUUCGAUGCCGUAGUUGUUCGUAAGUAUUAACGAGAAGACUACGACGGGCUUUACUAUUCUGUUUGUACUUAGAUUUGCAGGCUCAAUAAUGCUAAUAUGUAUGAAAAUUUUAUUGUUAGUCAUUUCAGUGAAUUGUUAUGGUUGACUGGAACUUGAAGUAAGAAUAAGAAAAAUAGAAACAAAAUAGCAUGAUUAAAUACUUGAAGAUACGUAUGUGUGUACUGAUCUCAAAUAAUGUAUCAAAAAUAUUUUAGAACGGACCUUGUACAGCAAUUUUUAUUGAAACAAACAACGACUUUCCAAAAACAUUGACUUCAUGGUAGCAUAAUAUAAACAGGAUGAUAAUAAUUCAUGUGCAAAGAACGGAUCGGCAGUAACAGCGAUAUUAACUUUCACAACAUUAGACAAGCCAAUGGCUCUUAACAAGUACGAGGGAAAUUCGUUAUUCUUAUCUGGUCUUUAAUUAUCAUUACUAUAAAUUUAUCUUUUUAGUCAAUAUACUACGACAAUUAAUGCACUUUGUUUCCUGUAUUUCUACUUUUCUUAACAGGUUGAGCCGAUAAAACCUCUGAUUUAAAAAUACAAUCAUUUAUUUUUAAAAAUAGUUACAUUCCGAAAUUGGUUUACUAAAAUAGUUUAUGCUGUGAUCGCAUGGUUGAGAUAAUUUAGAAAUCCUGAACUGCUCAGUUUCAGUACUUUGUCUCUGGUGUCAGUUUUCUAUUCUAUCUCUUCAAGGUACAUACAGGAGACAUUAUAGUUGUAGAAUAACUAAUAAGGUUUUUCUUUUGUGUUUAAAUAUUAUUGGUGGGUCUUUGAAAAUGUGAAAUCAAAAAUUUAGUCUCAAUUAUUAGUUACCUACAGUCACAUUAGAUCUUGCCAAUGGCCAUGUGUUCUAUUACUGUAAUACACAGUUCUAAUUAUAAGUUAAAUGCAAUUGUAUAUCUCAGGUGGCAGUUUUAUAAUCGUUGAACUUGCUGAGUGCAAACUGUAUUUUAUAAAUAUUCUGUAUGCCUAGUUUAAUACAGUUUAUGCUCUAGAAGAGCGGUAAAGUUACUUGAAGAAUAAAAACCGCUCCUUAUACGAAGAAAAUAUAAUUAAAAAGUCGAAGUAUGAAGUUGAUGGGAACUUUUUUCUGAAACAAUAUUGCUACGUAUCAGGGAAAAAAGACUACAUGAAUUUAGACCAAUUCCAGUGGUGCAAUGUAGCUGCGGUUUCUAGUAGUUUUUCUCCAGCAUGUAGAUCAGAAUUUAUGAUUGUCAAGUGAUUCCAGAUUCGCUUUAGGUUCUAUCGAAUAGCGUAUUAAUGCGCAAUGGUGACUGCUGGAUGUAUAAUGAUUUCAAAUCAUAGAUUGUAUCUAAAUCGAAGUGUUGUUCUUUGAAGUCCCAAAUCACAACAUAUCGACAUCAUGAAAAUUGUUGAAGAUUCAAGACUUGAGAGUCCUAUACCCCCUUAAUUGAACAUUGGCUGUAAAGUUGAACUUAUUACAUCACUGCCCAUGAAUCGUAGUAUAUACAUUUGUCAAAAUUAUAAUUAUGCGUUAAGACAAAUUAGUCUAGUGCAGUGAAACACAGUCAAUCACUACACAACGAAUUAAAUUUGAAUAUAGAUCUGAAUACGUACUUCAUGAUAACAUUCUGCUCGCACAUCUAUACAGUGUACAAAAAAAUUUUUAAAAAUAUUUUUGGUUCUACGAAGCAGGUACCUCCAUGCUGAGCUCUGAGAAAUUCAAUUUCAAAAUUCAAGGCAUCAUUAUGUGUAGUUGAUGUAUUUAUGAAUAGUAAUUAUAUAUAUUCAAUUUAUGAUUAAAAAAACAAAAAAAAAUACUGUAUCACAUAUGGCACUUUCUCAAUUACUUCGGUGAUGAGACGUUAUUUACUUGUGAUUCCAAAUUAGAAAAUAAUCCCUCGUCUUCGAUGUUACUGAUUUAAAACGGUAAAUGGAGUUACAAUAAGAAGAAAAAUUUAAUGAAUGUUUACUGAAUACAAUUUAUUCACUUUCCUUCUGUUCACAUAGUGGUCUUCCCAUAGUAGGUAUCAUUACUAUUGUUUUUGUGCAGAAAUGAAAUUUAUUGACAACAAUUUGCCAAGCCAUUCCAACUGUAAUAAUUGAUUUACACGGGCAUCUAUUGUGUGUAAGAUACCUAGAGAAUUGAGUCUCAAAUAUUAUGAUAAUUCUGUAACAUUGGUUUGUUCAAACAUAAGCAGUAUUAGUGCACAGUUAAUACCAGAAUGACAGUAUAGUUAUACUUGAUCUAUAUAUAUUUAUAUAUUUAGGUAAUUGCUUUAGCUGUUUAUAAUACACCGAAUUACAUACAUAUUUACAGUAAACACUAACGAUAUAUAUAUAUUCUGAACAUGUGUAUGCCUCCGCAUACCUGUGUGUAUAUGUGUAUAUAUACAUAAUAUAUAACAGUAAUGAUAAAAUACGAUAUCUAAUUACAUAAUUUGCUUGGAGCAAAGGUGCUAGGACAUAAAAAUUCAACAAACCCGAUACCAUACCGAUAGAGAAUUUAAUUUGUAGCGAUUUGAAUGUUUUUCAUGAUUUACAAUUUAUAAUAAUUAAUUUAUUGCUCAAAAAUUUUUUAUUGCUAAAGUGAGGCCAACAUAAGAGCCUGUUCAAAUAUCGCCUAAUAUGCGCAACGUCGUGCAUCAUCAAUAAUACUGCUCUCUACUCUCGAAUACGUUUAGAAUAAUGAUAAGGUAAGGUGUUGCAACAACCAAAGUAAAGCUACCACAUAACAUUGUUUCAGAUAAACAUUCCGGUAACUAUGAAUUUAUUGCACUCUCAAUCAAAUUAAUAAAUUUUGGGAAUAAUCGUCAAUUAUUAAUUAUCUUGCGCCUAAUCAACAGUACAGUAAGUAUACUAAUAUGUAGCAUGAAUAUUUGCUUCUCGAUUGAUUUUAGUAAUUCUCGUUGACCGCAAUUUUAAAUGCUUCGUUAAAAAAAUCUUUUUUUCUAAUUAUUUCAUAGUACGAAUACACGCGUUCAUAUACGACACUUUGUAAUUUACUCACCGGUUUUGAAUAUUUCUUGACAAAGAAAGAAUAAAUUUAUACCCACCGCGUGUAAGUGAAAGUCAACAAUUAAUAUGAUUCAAUGAUACAGUAUGUAACUGUUUGGGUGGGUAAAGGUUAUUCAUAAUAUUAUGCUGCACGUUAUAUUGUUUGUUUACUAAACUACUGAACUUGUAUUUUUUUUCAACGUGAUACAUUCUUGAUUCAAGCGGAAGUAUUGUCAUAUACGGAUUCCACAUAUUAUACUGUACAUUUUAAUAGUU